CAGCCCGGGCCGGGAGAGCCGGAGCAGCCCGAGGGCGGCGCAGGACUGACGGACUGACGGGCGGGCGGGGCAUGAGCCGCCCGGGAGCACGACAGGUUCUCAGAGGUACCUGGAUGAAACAGGCCUGAGCCAGGUUGAGGCAAAUAGGACUUGCUGACCUCCAGCCCCACUGGCCUCGCUGCUGGUGGUGAAGGACAUUCCCCACCCUCGCUCUAUCACGGGAAUCCUCCAGGGGAUGUCCAGCUGAAUGAUUGCCUGAGCCCGGAGGGCCGGCUCCUGGUGACCUCUGGGCUUGUGUCCCGGCCAGGUACUGGCUCAGAGUCAGUAAAGAGGACAGCCCAGCCUGGCCCCUUCUCCCUCCUUUCGUUGUCAUCGAAGCCCCCCCAUUCGCCACGCUGCAGUGCGGCCCGCCAGCCCCCCGGCGCCUCCCCCCUUCCCCGCCGGGCCCUGCCCUGCCGCCCCCCUGUCCUCGGGCUCUCCAGCCCCCAGGCAGACGGCGGACAGCCAUGAAGCUGCACGCGGUGAUGGAGAAUCUUCUGCAGCGGCAGCAGCGGGCCCGGCAGGAGAUGGAGGCCCGGCAGCAGGCGCCAGAGCCGCCAGGGCCCACUGCGCCACAGGGGCCUGGUCCCAACGCAGAAGACGGUGAGCCAGAGAGCAUGCGCAUACAGCGGGCCCAGAUGGCAGCCUUGGCAGCCAUGCGAGCAGCGGCUGCCGGCCUGAGCCAUGCCCCGAGCCCUGGAGGCUCAGAGGGGAGUCCGAUGUCUGGCGACGAGGAGGAUGAGGAUGAGCUAGAAGAAGGCGAAGUGGCCUCAGUCCCUCCUGCACGGGCAGAUGAGCCAGCCCAGGGGACAGAGGGCAGCCAUGGGCGCUUCCAGGAGCUGGUCUCAGAAGAAGAGGAGGAGAUGAAACAAAAAUGGGAGGAAGAAGACUUUGAAGAAGACCCUGGGGAGGAGGAGGAGGAGGAAGAAGAGGAAGAGGAGGAGGAAGAUGAUUAUGAGGAAGAAGAGGAGGAGCUCGGAGAGGAGGGGAUAGGCCCGGCUGGCCGGGCCAGGCUGGGCACCGGCUCCCUGCUCCCUCGGAAGCCACCAGCUCCCCAGCCCUUCCUGGGGGAUACAUCCCGGUUGCUGGGGGGCCAGGAUCGCCUGGCUCCAGGACUCACCCACCCAGGCACCUCUCAGCUCCCGCCACAGCCACAACCCCCUGACCAUGGGGACUGGACGUAUGAAGAACAGUUUAAACAGCUGUAUGAACUGGACGGGGACCCCAAGAGGAAAGAAUUCCUGGAUGACCUCUUCAGUUUCAUGCAGAAACGAGGGACCCCAGUGAAUCGGAUCCCCAUCAUGGCAAAGCAGGUCCUGGAUUUGUACAUGCUAUAUGUGUUGGUGACCGAGAAGGGCGGCCUGGUAGAGGUAAUCAACAAGAAACUGUGGAGGGAGAUCACCAAGGGCCUCAACCUGCCCACUUCCAUCACCAGUGCUGCCUUCACCCUGCGGACACAAUACAUGAAAUACCUGUAUCCCUAUGAAUGUGAGAAACGUGGUUUGAGCAACCCCAGCGAGCUACAGGCCGCCAUCGACAGCAACCGGCGGGAGGGCCGCCGACAGGGCUUUGGGGGGUCCCUCUUUGCCUACUCUCCAGGAGGGGCCCACAGCAUGCUGUCCUCACCCAAGCUGCAGGUGGCUCCCCUAGGACUGCCAGCCAAUAGCAACGGAGGAGCCAUUGCCCCAACCCAGAAGAUCAAAAAAGAGGAGGAUUCUUCCAUCCCCAUCACGGUGCCCAGCCGCCUGCCCGUCUCCCUGGCAGGUCAUUCUGUGGUGGCAGCCCAGGCAGCAGCUGUGCAGGCAGCUGCGGCCCAGGCGGCUGUGGUGGCCCAGGCGGCUGCCCUGGAACAGCUGCGGGAGAAGCUGGAGUCUGGUGAGCCCCCAGAGAAGAAGAUGGUCCUGGUGGCAGAUGAGCAACAAAGACUGAUGCAGCGAGCCUUGCAGCAAAACCUCCUGGCCAUGAGUGCCCAGCUGCCCAUGAGCAUCCGCAUCAAUAGCCAAGCGUCAGAGAACCGCCAAGACUCGGCCAUGAACCUAGCCAGCACCAAUGGCACCAACAGUAUUAGCAUGUCUGUGGAAAUCAACGGUAUCGUGUAUACAGGGGUCCUGUUUGCUCAGCCUCCAGGCUCACUAGCCACUAUCCCAGCCUCCACUCACAACAAAGGUGGCAGCAGCAGCAGCAGCAACAGCGGCACUGGCGGCAGCAGCAGCCGGGGCGGGCCUGGCGGAGGGCCCGGCAGUGGGGGCACCGGCAAUGGUGGAGGCGGCAGCGGCAGCAGCAGUGGUGGUGGCUCUCAGGCGGGGGCGGCGGGUCUGUCUGUCCCUCCGGCUUCUACCUCGAAUAAUUCUUUGCCUUAAGCCACCAAGGGGCUUAGCCUGCCCCCCCUCCCCUCCUCUCUCUUGCUCUCUCUCCAUCUCUUUCUCACCCACAUGCUGAGCCCACUGGACUGGUGGGGUGGGGGUGGGAAAGGGAGGCCCCAGGAGGGGGUGAGCAAGAGAGGAAAAGGGAGUUGGGGUGGGGGGAGACUAUGCCGGGGAAGGGAGACCGAAAACAGGGAGCUAGAGCGGACACCCCAAGACAGAUACACACAUACCAGGAAAAAAUCUAUAAAGAGAAUUGAAUAAAACCAGGGGAAAAGAGAAGGAACACUUGAAUUUCUCCGGGUUUCGGACCCUCAAGAAAUGGAGCAUCAGGAGAAAGCAAAGGGGAAAUUAGGGAGAGAAGAAGCUAAAGAGACUUUUCCCAGUGGCUUUAUCAGAAUCCCCAAGGGACUGAGCUAGGUCCUUGGGGGUUCAGGUAUUUAUCAGUUGCUUUGUUGAUUGAACACUGUUUACCUCACAUAUCCUGCACUCUUUUUAUAAUUUCUGUUGUCAUCAACCCCACACUCACCAUACCCAACUCCUUGGUUCCACAAUAAGCCCGGAGCCUAGAGCAGAGAAGUCUUUGUUGGUGGUUUGGGGGAGUGGGGGAGGGGGAGGUUGGUAGGGAAGGGGAGAGAAGAAUUGUUUUUGUAAAGACAUAACCACACUCAAACUAUACAGGGGUUUUUAAGAGG